AUGAGCGAGAAAGCCGUAUAUGAUGCGGAGAAUACGGGAGCAUACGGUGCUAACGCAGCCAUUCGAAGCUCUUCAGAUAGACCUCCGUCCGGCACAACACUUACAAGAGCCCACACGGACAUGUCACUUGGCAGCAAGCCAGGUCCUUUAGCAUCUGCUAACUUCAUAGGUGCCAUGUCUACCGACAUGGAUGACGUGGGCACCUUCAACGGCGGUAGCUAUAGGAUCAGUCACCGGGACACGAAUAGUCUCUUGACAAUUCAAUUGGCCGUCGGAUGUCCCCUACAGGCCAGACCCGGGAUUAUGAUCGCAAUGUCCCCCUCAAUCUCGCUUCGAGGCUCGCUCUCAUUCGGAUGGAUGAAGGCCCUCGCCGGCGGCCAGGUCGCGCGCUCAACAUACACAGGACCCGGCGAGCUUCUCCUCGCCCCCUCUGUGCUGGGUGAUGUCACCGCCCUCCGCCUGGACGGUACCCAGGAGUGGACGGUGGGACGAGAUGCCUUCCUCGCCUCCACCAGUGGCGUCAAGAGCGAAUACAAGACCCAGGGCAUCAUGAAGGGUGUCUUCUCCGGGGAAGGCUUCUUUGUUUACAAGUUCCAAGGCUCCGGCAUCCUCUGGAUGCAAAGCUUCGGCGCCAUUGUCAAGAAAGAGCUCGCCGAAGGUGAGAUCUAUUUCGUGAACAACGGCCACCUGGUAGCGUGGAACUGCCAAUAUAAGAUCGAGCGCGUCGCCUCCGGCGGCAUCAUCUCAAACUGGAGUGCCGGGGAGGGCUUGGCUUGUCGAUUCACUGGUCCAGGGUCUGUGUACAUGCAGACUCGUAAUGUGUCCUCCUUCCUUGCCCAUCUCAACGGAGGAAAAUCCACCAGCUGA